UCACGAUGUGGAUAUCGUUCUCGUGAGGGUGUUUCGUGUGACCGCACGGCCGACCCAGAACCGAUCCGCUUCACGAAAAAGAUGAACGGGAGCCUGGGAAUAAUGCGCGGACCCGAGCAACAUCCACAGAGGUUCGCGGAUUAUUUUGUCAUAUGCGGACUGGACAAAGAUUCGGGCUUGGAGCCAGAUAAAUACUUCGGGGACUCGUUACAAUGCACACCUCUGGACCGGGCGUACAAGAGCAAAGUACUGGGACACUAUCCGGACUCUGUCCCAUGGAACCCUUUCGACGAGCACGCUGUUUGCAUGCUUUGCCUGCCGAGCGGCCUGAGAUUCCGUACCCAGAAACACUCUGUGGAGCCGAUGUUCCACUCGUUCGUGCUCACCAAGGAGGACGGGCACAGAACGUACGGGUUCAGUCUCGUUUUCUACGAGGAGUGCCGGAAUCGAAAGAUAUGCGCGGCUAUGCAAACCCUGCAGGCGAUGCACAUCACAGAACUGAGCAGCGGACAAAACGGUACACCGCCAACGGUAAGAAAAGGACAAGAUGGUCACAACACGCGAUCGUUGCCGCGGCAUUUCAAGCUAUCAGCACAUUCACCGAGCGCCGCGUUAGGAUACUACGACUCUACCAAAGACAAGUUGCUGGUGACUAAAUCGAUAUCCUUGCUAUGCCAGCAGCCUUACCUUCAUGCUGCGAGAACGUUCCUCACUAAUCUCUACAAAUGUGUUCCUAGACACCCAGGGCCUGGUCUUAGCUUAGAGUCCUACGUGUACAAUCUCCUUUACAACGUACCGGUACCAUUGCCCGGAAAAUCGCUAAAGUUCUUCGUACCCAACGAGGAGCCAGCGAAAUCACCGUUGGAACUGGUCAUACAUCAUCCGACACCAUUGCAGGAACUACCGAUGCUAGAUUAUCCUCUAAAAGACGUGUUCACAUGGCUUGGCGCGGACUGCGUGAUUCAGCUAUUCACAUGCGUCCUGUUAGAGAACCAAGUGUUGCUCCGCAGCUCAGAUUUCCACAAGCUGAUGGUGGUAUCCGAGUGCAUAACGGCGCUUCUCUUCCCAUUUUCCUGGCAGCAUGUGUACGUGCCCAUAUUGCCCGCCAGUCUGCAUCACUUCUUGGACGCGCCGGUACCGUUCAUAAUGGGUCUCCAUGUUCAGAACGAGGGCGGCGUACUGAAAAUUGCUAGCGAAGCAAAUCUUUGUUAUGUAGAUAUAGAUAAACAAAGUAGCCAAUUUCCAGAAGAAUUACCUGUGUUUCCUCACAAGAUGCAAUUCAUUGCUGAAAUUAGAGCUCUGUUAAACAAGUACAAAGUACCAUACUCAGGAAAGACUGACAACAUGGUCAUCAAUCAUUACAAUGGCGACAUCAUGACUAGUAGUUUGACGCUUCCCGGAUCGGGAUUUCAUCUUCCUCGUAGAAAACAUUCGUUACACGACGUUCUGGAUUGGGAUCGACCCGAACCCACGCCGCAAUCGGAAACUUUACAAAGAAUAGUAGACAUUGUUAAACGGACAGCGGUUAACGUAGAUGACAUUGACUCGAUAGAGGACAACGUAAAGGAAAGAAUAUUAACAGCGCAAGAGGAGUAUCAGGAGACGCUUAUGUUUAAUAAUGCCAUUAGGGAAACUUUUUUGAACCGUUUUGUACAGAUUUUUUCUAGUUACGAACACUUUGUUAUCCAACCAAGUCAGGACAAAGAUGAAUGGUUAAAUAACAGGGACAGUAUGCAUGUGUUUGAUAAGGCCACAUUUUUAUCUGAUCAACCCACGCAGCAUUUGCCAUUUCUGUCGAGAUUCUUAGAGACACAGAUGUUUGCAUCUCUGGUGGACAGUAAAGUUAUGUCAACGUGGAGUGAACUUGAUUUUAAUAUCCGAGUUUUCGAUCAAAGGAUUUCCCUCUUGAGAAAGAAAGUUGGGGAAGCCAUCGUACGAUCAACGCGUUAUGAACCUUGUACAAAUAUAGAAGAGUCACAGAAAGUGUUGGAGCAAAGAUUAACAAAUGUGGAUUUCGAAACGAAUCCACCGACUGAGAUGCUCCCUCAUAGGGCAGCAUAUUUUCGAAGUUUUCCAUUGUUAGAUACGGUUGCAUUAAAUAAGGAACCGGCUCAGAGCAUACUACGUAGUCGGAGGGGACAGACCCAAUGGAAGUACAAAAUGAAAUCGAUGGAGGCGAAUGGGAAACCGACUGCGCCACAAGAAACUCAGUCACCCAGGCCGCAAACUAAGCUAUCUGCGGACAUGAGUCCAGCACUUAUAGCCCAAGCCAACUGGACAUUUGUUGAAAAGUUGCUCAAGGACUGUAAGUCAAAGACAAAGAGGAUGUUGGUCGAAAAAAUGGGAUCUGAAGCUGUUGCAUUGGGCCAUGGAGGAGAGUCGUUGUCUGACGUAGAAGAAAAUACUCUAGUCGCCAGUCUCUGUGAUCUCUUGGAACGAGUUUGGAGUCAUGGAUUGCAAAAUAAGCAAGGGAAAAGUGCUCUAUGGUCACACCUCACCAUGUACCAAGAAUUGGAAGAAUGUAACGACGCGACUAAAUCCAUAGAUCCUAAUUUUCUCUCUCCUGCCAAGAAACCUCCAAAUAAAUUUUUUGGAUUACCGGACCGUUUAAUUUCAUCGUUUAAGGGCAGAAAUAUUUUUGAAAUUGCUUCUUAUAUCAAGGAGAAUUUUAAUGUAACAGAUUUAUCGAAUCUGGCAUUGGAAACUGACGUUUCACCUACGCGAGGGACAGACAGACAUAAAUCCCCUGGUGACAGAAAGAUCGGUCCAGAACAUCUGAGGCCUUUACCUGAUUCUUUGCUCUUUGAUAUUAGAAACGUCCAAGCGAUGACGGACAUCAAGACCCAUAUUGGAUAUGCUAGAGCAUGGGUUCGGUUAGCACUGGAGAAGAAACUUCUUUCUCGCCAUUUAAAAACCUUAUUAUCGGACACCACUUUAUUAAGGAGCCAAUAUAAGCGUUCAGCGUUUCUGCGUUGCGAAGAAGAGAAAGAACAAUUCUUGUACCAUCUGUUGACAUUGAAUGCAGUUGAUUAUUUCUGUUUUACUAACAACUAUCCAACAACCAAAUUGCCAUAUAGGGUUGUUAUAUUUCCUAGUCGUAAGGCGAGUGCAGCUACUACUUCAGCAAAUAGCUGGAUCGCUAUCUCGGGCAGUCUGUGCGAAACGAAUCCGGUUCCUAUACCCAGAGGAGCAUUGGAAUUUUUAUUUCACCAUAAAAAUUUAGGUGUUCUCUCUACGUUACGCAUAGGACAUGACAAUACAGGUCUGUCCCCUAAAUGGAUGGUAGAGCACGUCGUGGUGAGAAAUGAAGUAACAGGACAUACGUUCAAAUUUCCAUGCGGUAGGUGGCUUGGCAGAGGUAUUGACGAUGGCUCUACUGAAAGAUUACUGGUGGGUGCCUUGGUACCUCGUAGCAUUGACAGUGAAGAAUUAGUUGAAUCAUGUUCAACGCCGCCAAGAUGUAGAUCACCUAGCAUACCCAGGCGCCCGAUACUGUCUCAAGUUGAACUUCAGCAUAUGUUGGGAGAAGCUGUAAAUGCAAUUGUUAAAUUUCACUACAGAAGAGAGUGCCAAGAUGGUUCUCUGACAGCUUUACUCUGCGGAGAAGGUGGUCUUGUGCCAUCGUUAGAACAAAUAUUUUUAUUCGGAUUCAAGAACCAGAGGAUAUUUGGAAGAAACUUUUACGUUUGGGACUAUCUAUUGCGUAUCAAGGAAAAUUUUGAGAUUUCACUAUUGGAAGAGAUGGAUGAAUAUUCGCAAAGGUUGAACAGAGAUAGGCGAGCUCGCGCAGGGAGUAAUCAAAGGUUUACAACUUUAAGAUGUUACUGUCACCUUAUCGAUCAGAUUAACAUGUUCAGUCAGACCCUAGGUAAAGACGGGAAGUUUCAAUUGUUCAUCUGCUUGGCAGCGAGGGAGCAACUUCUUCAUUCGAUGCUGCGACCAAUGAGUGAAGCACGUUCUACAGCAGAUAUGUAUGAAGAAAAUUCGUUUCUAAGAAAUCCUACCUUACUAAAUUUUCUCAUUCAUAUUCUUGAACCAUUGUGCGAGUUCCACAUUGUUCUCGAAAAGAGUCUGACUCACGGAAUUUCCAGUAUAUGUUAAUUUACAAAAUGACAUUCCGCUUG